GCGGCGGAGGCUAUAAAACCCCCCGCGCAUGCGCCUUGCCGGCCUGCGUUGCACUGCUCCGACGACUCCGGUAGUCCAAUCCCCAUCCCCACCGGCCGAUCGAUCAUUAGCCAGACACAGCAACAGAAAUCCAGCAAAAUGGAGCAGUACGCCUCCUACAUGUACAGCAGCAGCUAUCCUGACCAUGCAUCCAGCUGCGGCGGCGGCGCCGUCACCGGCGCGGCGCUGGACGCCGGGGGCGACGACAUGCAGCGCCUGCUCAACGCGCUGAUGCUCGACAUGGCGGCCGAGUCCGAGUCCUUCUCCGACGACAUGGAGGCCGCCUCGUCGGACUCCUCGUCCUCCGCCUGCUCGUCGGCCGCCAACGACAGCCAGCAGCAGCGGCCGCAGCCGGAUGGCCACAGCACCUGCGGCGAGAAGAAGAGCGGCUCCGCGCUCGGGCGGCCGGCCACCUUCAUCGGCGUGCGGAAGCGGCCGUGGGGCAAGUUCGCGGCGGAGAUCCGCGACUCGACGCGCAAGGGCGCCCGCGUGUGGCUGGGCACCUUCGACAGCCCCGAGGCGGCGGCGCUCGCCUACGACCAGGCCGCCUUCUCCGUGCGCGGCGCCGCGGCGGUGCUCAACUUCCCCGUGGAGCGCGUGCAGGAAUCGCUCCGCGCGCUCGCGCUCUCCGCCUCCUCCGCGUCCGCGGCCGCCGCCGCCGCGGCGGGUUCUCCUGUCCUCGCGCUCAAGAGCCGCCACUCCAUCCGCAAACGCUCCCCGAACAAGAACAAGAAGCCGCCUCAUCAGCACCAGCGGCCGCAGCAGCAGGCGGCCGCCGCGCCGCUGCAGCCGGCGUACCCCGGCAGCGUGGUGGAGCUGGAGGACCUGGGCGCCGACUACCUGGACGAGCUCCUCCGGGUGUCCUCCGAGCUGGACCAUUGCUAGUAGUAGCUCUUCCUAGUCAGCUGCGGAUGGGACAUGCGAUCGAUCGAUCGCCUUGUAACCAUGCUUGAUGAAGCAGAGAGGCAUGCGGAGGGCUCAAAGCCCCUGCUCUGUCAUGGCUCGCCAAAUUGCUGAGAUCGACGACGACAUGGCGGGCACCACUGUACACUUGAGCGUGCCGAUCUUUAUCCCAUCAGAGAUACCGUCCCCCUUCGGCUUGUAUUUAAAUUCUGCACUGUACCGGCCCCACCACACGGCUUGUUGGUCUCUGUUGCUUCAGGCUUCCUCCAUCAACUUGUUCAUUUCCUGCUGGAUUUGGGUCCAUUGCUAUGACCAUUUUGAAGAUAUUUUAGCUGUCAGGCAACCUGUUCUCCUUUUCUUCUUCAGAAAAAGGAAAAGAAAAGAGAAAAGAUACAGGGCGUGGCAGCCAUGAAUCAGCACCGAACGAGAGCAUUAUUGUGAUGAUACGGGACGCAAUGCAAAACCAAAAUUUGCCUUGCCA